UCACUCUCUCUCGUACAGUUUCGUACGCUCGUCCCUCUUUCCGCUCGUUUCGCGUUCCCAGUACUCCCACGGAGUAGUGGAAGGGGUGUGCGGAACAAGGUGCGGAGAGGUGAAGGGGCUUCAUCCGGAGGUCCCAGCCAAAGCCCGGGGGAGGAGGGCAUUCACCAGGGAACGCGUCGCCACCAACUACCACCACCACCACCACCACCACCACCACCACCACCACCACCACCACCACCACCACUACCACCACCACCACCACCACCACUACCACCACCACCACCACUAACCGACAUCCAGAAAAAUAUCCUCCGAGAUCGGAGGGAAAUUAGUUUACCGGAUCCUACAAAACGGCGUUUGUACGGAAUUAUCCCCCACCCGUCAAAUCAUUUCUCUAUGUGCCUUCUUUAUUUAAUUUACAUCUUAUCUUUGGAAAUUCGUUAGCCUCCUUCACUCUAUCUAGUUUUGUAAAAGAAACGAGGACAAAACGGAAAAUAACUUUACUAGCGGAUUAGCUGGCCUUUGUAUGGCCUGUUGUAUGGAGUAUAAAUACAUGGAAUCGCAGAGCGCAACUAUUUGAUCGUUCUUAUGUACAAUUAUUAUCAAUCAUUUUUACGAACAUCUUUUUUUCGUCACAAUCAUUCUCAAAUUUACAUUUAUAGCAAGAGAUUAUCGUCCUCACAAUCAUGCUUAUUUUAUACGUGGCAUUACGUCAUUCCCUGUGGUAACAGGACAUUAUCGUGUCUCAAUCCAUUUACUAUAUUGAUUUUAAAAUUCGUUGCGAACGAUGACAAAGGAACGAAUAAGUGAUCAAUGUUGUCAUCUCGUUCGUGAAAAUUGUCCGCAGAAAUGUCGUCUCGGAGUAAAGUUGCUACUCGUCCGCCCACCAUCUCUCGCUUCCUCCCCCCAACCUUAAGUUAUCCUCCCUCUCCCGAAGCUUAGUCAGGGGUAGAUAAGGUAGUCGUACACUUUACAGUCGUCUUACACGCUCAUCUACAAGAUGGAUAAAAUAUUGCAUGGAUCCAGGAAUAAGACUACAUGCGUGUUGCAGAGACACUCUGAGCACGUGUGCGUGUAUGUAUAUAUAUUUACCUAUUUUCCUCGUCCCUUCUUCCUAGGAGUUUCCUAAGCCAACCAGCGAAAUUACAAGGAAAAUAGAUCCUCGAGGCUACGCAGGAGUCGGAAAUGACUGACUGCUAACCAGAAUCUGAUUUAUAGCAUUUAAUUUUCGGUACCGACUAACGUACCUGACUAACUCUGCGAUUAGACGUUGUGGAAAACAAUUACACGAUGGGCAAUGCUCUUUUAUCGAUCUCCAAACUAAAAAUUUUAAUUUGGAGAAUUGAUUGCCAGUUAGCUCGUGUGCUAUCGAUUGAUUGAAAAAAUAACCACCGUUAUCUGGAGAAACUAGAUAACAAUAGUCACGCGAACUGGAUAACAAACGCCUACAUCACGCCUACACAAGACUUAAGAAUGUUCAACACAGUUUUCGGUGCUUAAAGGACGAGGCUAAGUUAAAAACGUCGCACUUUGGAUAUUCAAAUGGUUCACGCUCUUAAAUUAUUCAGAACGAGAUAAUUCUGUUUUACAGGGGAAUAAAAUACGUCAGCAAUAAACUAUAAAUAAAGAGUUCAUUGCGCCUUAAGUUCAGUCCUUCUCAAAGUAGACCUAUCGGUUAUCGUGCCAGUAUUUUUAUUUCUCCGUUUAGAUAUGUUCGUGUCAUCUAGCAGCUUAUCUGGAACAGUUUGUGGUGCAAGAUAACCGCGCGCGACUCGAGACGCAUAUUGCAUAUCGAUUCAACAAACCAAGGAAACCAGGAUGAACUCGGCGACGGUGUCGCCAAGUGCACAAAGUCGUUGCUCGCACGGUCCAGUCCGGAACAAGUCCCGGCGUGUCCCGCCGACAUGUCCGAAGAUACCGGUACGUAUGUUAUACACAAGUGCUCUUUAUACGCCUCCUUCGAAGCAGGUCUCGCGGAGCGCCCAUUCGUGACUGCACGCGCUAUCGCCAACCUGUCACGCGUCCCGUACACGUUCUCGAUGGAUCUCGCUCGCGAUCCGUCAGAUCGAUCGGAUCCACUUUGCGAGGGGUCACGCGAGGAUCAUCACGCGCUCGCUGAUUGCACCCUGACAUUUCCCAUCUCACCCUGGCUUGAAACUCUGCCCGGCAGAACGUAAGCGAACACCGAAACAGGAUGUCAAUCACUCGACCGAAGAGAUCGAGCUAGUUCUAAAGACGUAACAAUUGACGGCUUUUUCAAGCUACAUCGCGCACGCGACUGAAAGUUCCGUUAAUUAACUCAACGCGAAUUACAUACCGAUGAAGCAUAUGCGAGUUACUUGAGUUGCUAUUGUAUUGCCAAGUCAAUUUCCGGCAUAGUAUAUAUAAUAUCAAAAAUUAUUGCUCUUGUUAUUUUUCAUGUGAUAUUUGAAAUCGGUAGUUGAUUAUCGCUAGUAUUUCUUGUGAGACAAUACAAUAAUGCCUCAUCACAUUCAGAAGAUCUACGUUUCUUCCUUUGCAAGUGUUUAUUCAAGUCAUCACAAUUGUGAUGGAUUAUUAUCAUUACGAAAAGUGAGUGUGUAUUUCUUAAUAAUGUAAAAUAAUUUAAGACUCUGUAAAUUUUGUCAAUAUUUCCGACGUCUUAUCGAUUUUAACGUCGCGACCUCACGACGACGUUAUUGUCGUAGCAGUAAUUAAAACAGAACGGAGUGCGGGAGAUGGUCUUUGUUAUUUGAGUUAAGCGUGCAACAAAAAUUGUUGGAAAUUUAGCGUGAGUUUGCCGAUGUUAUAUUAUUGUGCGAUUUUCUUUCUCUUUCUCUCUUAUUCUUUCCCUUUUCCACCGUUGCCCGAGCUUUUCCAUGCUUUCUAUUUUUUUCCUCUUUUAAUUGCACGUUCCGGGCGCCAUUCCCGUCACUAUCCGAUUUUCCGCUCCAAGAAUUUCGCAAUAUUUCUUCAACGUAAUCGCAGUGAAAUAUAAUAGUCGUUUACUUUGGAAAAUUAAAAAUUUUUGAGCGGAUGUUGCAUUAUUAUUAAGAAAAAUAUAAUUUAUGUAACAGCUCCUACAAAUAUAAGUAUUAUAUGUACAGUAUGAGAAUAUAGUAUUUAAUUUAAAUUACUGCCAACAACAUUUUAUAUGAAAUAGUCCGUUCACUUAUUAAAAGCACUAUUUAAUCUCUUAAAUAUAUUACAAAAUGCAAGAAUGCAAAAACGCAUAAUUUCUUAAUUUUUUCCUAAUUUCAAAUAUAAAUUUCGCAAAGUAUGAGUUACAUGACUUUCGUCAAAUUAAUUAUUAAUAUAAUUAGUAGUUCAAGAUUUAUUAUUGAUAUAUUGUAAUUCUAUUCACCCACUAAACUUUAUUAUUCUACGAAGCAUUAAAUUAUUUAAAUAAUAUCUUAUCUGUUUUAUCUAUUUUAAUUUAUUUAGACUAGUGAGAUACAUAAGUUAAACCGAUGAGCGAAAAUAUCACAGUCAACAUUUUAUAUUUUAUUUUAGCUCAAACAUCCAUCGUACGUGGCUGAGAGGUAAUGCUAUGGAUAGACAAUGGCUAGACAAGACAUUCAACGUUUCUUGAAAAGUGCAACUCUUUUGUUUCCGCACGUUGAAUCAUUAACAAUCCAACUAUAUCUUGAUGUAAAGUUAGUAUACCCUUCUUGCGUGCGACGGAGGGCUAUAAUGUCUCUAGCUAUAAAAUGCGACAUUUGCGUCGUCGAGUGGCGGAUGAACUGAAAAUAGAUAUCGAGUGAUCUGAAUUUAGAUCUGUAGCUAUUGCCACAGCGAAUGGAUUGCGAUAAGAAUCUCCAUGAUAAGAAGCCUUCGAUAAAGUGAAAUUCUGUCUCACGUGUGACAUUACGGUGACGGCGAAAACACCAUUAGUCAUUUACUCUACUUGAAAAUUUUUGAUUCUAUCCGCGAAACGGUAUCUUUUUCUGAAUCGUAAAAAUAUUAUUUAUAGAAUCAUUCCAUUAUUUUUACUAGCAACAAUAAUAACAUACUUAAAGCAUAUGUUCUUAUGGAUUUAUAUCCAUAGCUCGACAAUAUCUUUGUUCAUGUAAAUAAUUGAAUUGAAUUGCAGAAAAAGAGUCAAGUUGGAAAGAUUAAAUAUCAUGAAUAAUUUCAUUCGACAAAUUGUACAACGUAGAUAUGUAAUCGUGUGACGAUACCGGGAAUGUAUAUUGCCUAGAGUUAAUCGACCUCUAGACUUAUCUAGUAAGACGUGACGUGAUCGCUAUAUCCUGGACGUCAACUCCGUAAUUCGUGUAAAACUAUCAUGACUUUCGUCAGGCCUCUCAAUCACGCCCCGCUCUAAUCUCAACUCAACAUCUGUUGAAUCGAAUUAAUCAGAGAGCGAAACCGACUUCUGAACUAGUCCCAGCAAAUGUGUGAGUCAGGUUCUCGUGACCACAAACGAGUUUUCUCGGUUUAGCUUCGAUAUGUGGGUGAGGGUGAGGGAGAAAUCAGACUGUCGAGAGAUCGCACAUACGAGAUCCUUGACGCCUGGCAGCCACGCGAAUUCUCACCGCGAGCCGAUUCCCAUUUCUCUUGCGUGAAGUCGUUGAUUCACGCGAGAUCGCGAACCAGGGAGUGAGAUUCCACGAAGGCGGACACGAGCGUGCAGCGGAAUCGCGAAAUCCCGUUCUUAUCACGUAGGCGGUAACACGUACCACGAUGUAGAGCCGGCUUUACGAAGCCGUCAGUUCCUCAUUGUCUUCCGUCCGAUAGGUCAGAGUAUCGUUCGUCGUACGUUUCCCGUCGCUUCGUCGCUUUCCCGUCGAUCGGCCAGAAGGGAAUGCACGGUCGUCGUUUACCGAAAGUGUCGAAUAACGUCGCUCUGUCGAUAGAUCGUUCCGUGUCAUUUCGAGAGUCAUGGCCUUCUCUGGCGAGGGACGAGACCCCUUGGAGAAUACUAGUCUUUAUCAGCGCGCCGACAGUGAAGACAGCGAUGCCGAGGGUGGUUUGGGCAACGUAAACAAAAUGGUAAUGCGACCACCUGGCCACAGCGGUAAAGCUAAGAAGGGCCACAUUUGCUUCGAUGCGACCUUUGAAACCGGCAACCUCGGCAGAGUGGACUUGAUCUCCGAAUUCGAGUACGAUCUCUUCAUUAGGCCUGACACUUGUGGACCCAGAUUACGCCUGUGGUUUAACUUUACCGUGGACAACGUAAAGGCGGAUCAACGAGUGAUCUUCAACAUCGUAAACAUCUCUAAAAGCGCCAAUCUCUUCCGACAAGGAAUGACGCCGUUAGUCAAGAGCAGCACUAGACCGAAAUGGCAGAGAAUACCGCGAGAACAGGUAUUCUAUUAUAGAUCUGCGCAGCAUCAGAAUCACUACGUGCUGAGCUUCGCUUUCGCAUUCGACCGCGAAGACGAUGUUUACCAAUUCUCUCUGACAUAUCCGUAUUCAUACACGCGUUACAUGGCGCACCUCGACAACUUAUGUAGCAGACUAUUAUACACGAGAAGAGAGACGCUGGCCGAGUCGAUCCAAAAGAAGAAUGUAGAGCUCGUGACUAUAACCUCCGACCUCGAAGACACGGAACGACCUAGAAAAGUGGUCGUCGUCCUCGCUAGAGUUCACCCCGGCGAGUCGCCGUCCUCCUUCGUGUGUCAGGGUUUGAUGGACUUCUUGGUCAGCGCGCAUCCAAUCGCUCAAGUGUUAAGAGAAUACGUGAUCUUUAAGAUAGUGCCGAUGCUGAACCCUGACGGUGUUUUUCUCGGAAAUUACAGAUCCACCGUGAUGGGAUUGGAUCUGAAUCGAUCCUGGAACUGCAUUUCCGAAUGGAUUCAUCCUACCCUGCUGGCGACUAGAGCGAUGUUGAAGUCGCUAGAUAAGAACUCGCAUACACCAUUGGAUUGCGUACUAGAUUUACACGCUCAUACCAACGCCACGGGUGUCUUCGUCUACGGAAAUACGUAUGAAGAUGUCUACCGGUACGAGAGGCACAUUGUCCUGCCGAAAUUGUUAGCUCAGCACGCGGAGGAUUAUGAAAUGGGCAACACCAUGUACAAUCAAGAUCCCAACAAAGGCGGAACCGCCCGCCGCUAUUUGUGCUCUAUCCUAAAGGAACACGUCAACUGCUACAGCAUCGAGGUUUCUAUGUACGGUUACAAUAAAAAGGGAAUUCCGGGUAUAAUGCCAUAUACGGAAGAAGGAUAUUACAGAUUAGGUCGCAAUUUGGCACGCGUUUUUCUAGAAUAUUACAAGCUCACUGGGCUUAUCCCAUCAGGACUUCCCGAUCAGCCAUCUAGUAAACGAGCGCGUCAGUCUCGGCAGAGACAUCGUCUUCCAAGGGAGCCCAGACCGAAAACAGUCCGAACUCCAGCGACCUUGCAUCUCGCCAGCAUCUACGAGUACUUCCGGGAGAAACCUGAGCCGCUCCCGAGCGCUCGUUACCGAUCGAUGAGCGGUACGCGGAUGGGACAGCAGCCCGGAACUGGAAUCGCGAGUGAAACUGGAACGGGCGUCGACGGCGGGUGCAGGAGCCCGAGCUACAGGUUCCGGAGCCCCGGGGCACCGCUCGACAGGGUGCAGACCCUGUCAAGGCAACCCGUCGCCGCCGCCGCCGCUGCCGCCGUCACCCCCGCCCCCGUUGAGCCGCGGCUCACCAUUAUCGAUUUCAAUCAGCUGACACGGGGCGGUUUGGAGCUCGCAGCCAACAAGAACAGACCGACGGCGACGGUCCCACGCAAGAGGAUCGUAAAGUCGCGUAGAUAACGAUCAUUUCGGUUAAGGAGUUAUCUUGGACGAAUCGAUUCUCCAACAUCUCCAAGGACGCGAAAAUCGAAUGUCGCGGUAUUAUUACUUCCUACAUAAGAGAAUUGCCUUGGCGUGACAACAUUAAUAUUGGUUCACGUGAAUGUAGGUGGACGAGUAGAUGAACCAUCGCAUCGAUUCGCGCUACUUUUGGUGUUGAAAAUAGAAGACUUCUCCACGAAAAGUGGAAACGCGGUUUGAAGAAUGCAGUUCGGAUGUCGCGUCCUAUUCAAUUGCCAAUACCAGUGUUAUUAAGAAACUUUCGCUUCUUCUUCGGAAUAACUUUCAACUUAAUAACACCAACGCGAUAAUAGUGCGCAUUUAUUCAAAGUAUUAUGCAAUACAUCUACUUAAAUAUCAAUUUUGAGUCUUCUCCUACAUUCUCGCCUUCUUAAUCGCCAAGGCACGAGAAUGUAUGUAUAAAUACAAAAGAUAUUAAUCAAAUUUCAUCACUCUGCAUGUUUCCAAUUUUCUAAUGUAAACGUUACGUUUUAUAUAGUUGUUUAUAUCGUUGUUGUUAAUAUUACAUGUUGUAUAACAUUAACUACUUUUACAUUCAAAAAUAAAUAUAUUAUACAAGUUAA